ACCCCGGCAGUGCCCAUCCCGCAGUACCCGUACGGAGACGGCAGCCCGGGGGUCACGGCGCAGGGGCCUCUGGCACAGCCCCGAGCCCCCGAGGACACGUGGGGUCCCCACACCGGGUACGGGGUGCAGCCCCGUUACUCGUGGCCCGCUGCCCCGGUGCAGGGGAACAACUUCAUCCCCGAAUCACACCCGGCCUGGGAUGCUGCUUACGACAAGCCCGAGCAAAGUGCCAACCAACACAGCUACUACUGCGACCACCAGCACUCUGGGCCGGCCGGUGGGCAGGGGUCAGCCAAGGCCAGGCCCCCAGGCUCAGCCCCCAGGGUGCAGUACAGUGCACAGCCCCAGCUGUACGACACGGCCCCGCGGAAGCUGCUGCCGGGGAGCCGGGAGCUCGGCUUCAGACCUGGCGACCAGCCUCCAACAAACCCCACAGCCACCCAGCCAGAGAUCCAGAGGAUCCUCCACGUCUUGGGGCAGGCUGAACAGCUGGAGCAAGAGGUGGAUGAGUUUGUAGGAAGAAAGACAGAUAAAUCCUACCGGCUUCUGGAGGAGUUGUUGACCAAGCUGCUGUUGGAACUGGAUUCCAUCGAGACUGGAGGCCAGGACACUGUUCGACAGGCCAGGAAAGAGUCCGUCCACAGAAUUCAGGCCAUACUGGAAAAACUGGAAAGAAAGGGACUGUGA